GAUGCCUUAGCUGCCACAUAGCUGGUGCCUGGUGGCGAGCGCAACGAACCACAAGGAAGAGCAGAUGGCGGCCACCGGCGCUGGAGAAGGCAAGGAGACGGCCGCCGUCGCCGGCGGCGGCGGCGGAGGUAGCCUGCACAGUAAGACCCUCCUCAAGAGCGAGCCGCUCUACCAGUACGUGCUGGAGUCCACCGUGUUCCCGCGCGAGCCCGACUGCCUGCGCGAGCUCCGCCUCGCCACCGCCAAUCACCCCAUGGCGGUCAUGGCGGCCUCGCCGGAUCAGGUGCAGCUGUUCGGCCUUCUGAUCGAGCUGAUCAGCGCCAAGAACGCCAUCGAGGUCGGCGUGUUCACCGGGUACUCGCUGCUCGCCACCGCCCUCGCGCUCCCUGACGACGGCAAGAUCGUGGCCAUCGACGUGAGCCGGGAGAGCUACGACGAGGUCGGAGCGCCGGUGAUCGACAAGGCCGGCGUGGCGCACAAGGUCGACUUCCGCGUCGGCCUCGCCAUGCCGGUGCUCGACGAGCUCGUCGCCGAGGAGGGGAACAAGGGGAGGUUCGACUUCGCGUUCGUGGACGCGGACAAGGUGAACUUCCUCGGCUACCACGAGCGGCUGCUGCAGCUGGUCAGGGUCGGCGGCCUCAUCGCCUACGACAACACGCUGUGGGGCGGCUCGGUGGCGGCGCCGCCGGCGGCGGCCGACGAGGCGGUGCCGUCGGGGCGGGACCGCUCGCUCGCCGCGCUCGCCAGGGAGUUCAACGCGGCGAUCGCCGCCGACCGCCGCGUCAAGCCGUGCCAGCUCGCCAUCGCCGACGGCGUCAUGCUCUGCCGCCGCGUGGCCUGACCACCACAACACACCGAUCCCCUCUCCAUGGAUGUACUUUUCAGAAAGUGCGUUGGGUAAAAGUAAAAAUGAAUAAAAGUUGCUACUACUUGGACUCUUUUAGUCAUAAAAUAUAAAAAUUUGGAUGAUGUGAGUAUCCUUAGAGCCUGUUUAGUUUUCAAAUAAAAUUUUUCAUAUUGUCA